UGUUAAACCGUGGCACAGCCCAUUAACUAACUUUCUUUGAUUUAAUGUAAUACGUGGUAGAGCUAUGAGUACGUCGAACAUGCUUUCCCAGCCCAUUGCUGAGCCUGAGCUACUGAACAUGACGAAGGGCUCUGAUUCCUCUUCUCUGGUUCAUCUAAAUAUUGGGGGAAAGAAAUUUUGUACAACCACUGAUACAUUGACUCAUCGCGAGCCCGAUUCGAUGCUCGCCGCGAUGUUUAGCGGUCGCCACACCGUGUGCAAGGACCCCGGAAAGGGAUAUGUUUUUGUUGAUAGGGAUGGAAAGCAUUUUCGGCAUAUUCUCAAUUGGUUAAGGGAUGGUGUUGUUCCCAUGCUAACAGACUCUGAAUAUUUGGAGCUACUGCGGGAGGCAGAGUACUAUCAGUUACUUGGACUAAUAGAUGGGAUUAAUGCUGUUUUAAAUAAGAGGAAGAAGGAAGAUGAUGAGUUCAAUACUGAAUUGACACGUACUGAUAUAAUCAAGUGUAUACAGUCUGAGAGAGUCAGAUUUCGAGGGGUUAAUCUUUCUGGUCUGAAUCUUUCAAAACUGGACCUAUCACUUGUGGAUUUCAGCUAUGCAUGUCUUAGAAAUGUGUUCUUCUCACGUGCUAACCUUCAAUCUGCUAAGUUCCGGGAUGUGGAUGCUGUGGGCUCCAUCUUUCUCCAUGCUACUUUGCGUGAGUGUGAAUUUACUGGGGCAAAUCUUCAUGGAGCUUUAUUAGCUGGAGCUAACCUUCAAAGUGCUAAUCUCCAAGCAAACUGGUUUGAGAGGCCAUUUGAAGAGGGUGAGGUGUAUCGGGUGGUUUGUGGGAUGAGAAGAGACAAAGCUCUGGACCCGGAUGAUAAACUAUGGCUUUUUUUCAAGAUUGUUGGGAGACAGUGAGGGCGGAGGUGAUGCAGGUUCUUCAUGAAUUUUAUGACUACCAAAAGUUUGAGAAGUCGUUGAAUGCAACUUUUAUUGCUCUUAUCCCUAGGAGAGUAGGUGCUUUGGAGUUAAAAGAUUUCUGACCUAUUAGUUUGGUUAAUGGAAUUUAUAAGAUAAUUUAGAAGGUUUUGGCUAAUUGUAUGAGCACGGUGAUGGAGAAGAUUAUUUCAAAAUCUCAAAAUGCUUUUGUUAGAGGCCGACAAAUUAUUGAUUCUGUGUUGAUUGCAAAUGAGUGUUUAGAUAGUCGGCUUCGGCAAGGUGUUCCGGGGGUUCUUUGUAAGCUGGACAUGGAGAAGGCUUUCGACCAUGUAAGCUGGGAUUUUCUGCUAUACAUGCUUGGAAGGUGUGGCUUCGGUGACAAAUGGCGUGGUUGGGUUAGACAAUGUAUUUUGACUGCUAUGUUUUCAGUUUUAGUUAAUGGUCAGCCUUGUCCUUUUUUUAAGAGUUCAAGAGACUUGAGACAAGGAGAUCUGUCUGUUAUCUCCUUUCUUAUUUAUUCUUGUUAUGGAAGCCCUAAGUCGUAUGGUGGAGGCUGCUGUAGGGGGUGGAUUUAUUUCAGGUUUUUAGGUGGGUACUUCUUCUAAUGGCUUUACUUCCAUAUCUCACUUUUUGCCAAUGAUACUUUAAUUUUAUGUGAUGCUGUUGAGGAUCAGAUUAAAGCAUUGAUGGCUGUAUUGUUGUGUUUUCAAGCCAUUUCUGGUUAAAAGUGAACUUGGGUAAUUCGGAGCUGGUCCUGGUUGGAAUUGUUCAUAAUAUUAAUGAUUUAGCAUCUUUUUUGGGAUGUAGAGUUUCUUCUUGCCCAUGAAAUAUCUCGGCCUCCCUUUGGGAGCUUCGUUCAAGGCAAAGUAUAUUUGCAACGGGGAGGUUGAGAAGAUUGAGAAAAGGUUGGCGGCAUGGAAAAGGAUGUAUUUAUCUAAAGGGGGUAGAAUCCCCCUUACUAAGAGUACCCUUUCGAAUAUACCAAUGUAUUUUCUUUCCUUAUUCCCUUUACCUGUUGGUGUGGCUAGUCGUAUCGAAAAACUGUAUAGAGCUUUUUUGUGGGGAGGUUUGGGCGAGGAGAACAAAGUACCUUUAGUUAAUUGGAAAAAGUAUGCUGUUCAAUUGAUGUUGGUGGAUUGGGUGUUCGUAAUUUGUGUAGUUUCAAUAAGGCUUUAUCGGUGAAGUGGUUCUGGAGAUUUAAUAAGGAAGUGAGUGCGAUGUGGAGAGGG